UGGCCGCCAUGGCCGGCGCGGGGCCGGGCCCGGCCGAGGGGCCGUGUGUGCUGUGCUGCGGGGAGCUGGACGUGCUGGCGCUCGGCCGCUGCGAGCACCCCAUCUGCUACCGCUGCUCCGUGCGGAUGCGGGCGCUCUGCGGCGUCCGCUACUGCGCCGUGUGCCGGGAGGAGCUGCGGCAGGUGGUUUUUGGGAGGAAGCUCCCGUCCUUCUCCUCCAUAGCCCUUCAUCAGCUGCAGCAUGAGAAGAAAUAUGACAUUUAUUUCAUGGAUGGGGAGGUCUAUGCCCUGUACAGGAAGCUGCUGCAGCACGAGUGCUCCUUGUGCCCCGAUGCCAAGCCCUUCAACACCUUUGCAGACCUGGAGCAGCACAUGAGGAAGCAGCACGAGCUCUUCUGCUGCAAACUCUGUGUCAAACACCUAAAGAUUUUCACCUCUGAAAGGAAGUGGUAUUCCAGGAAGGACCUGGCCCGGCACCGGAUCCAUGGGGACCCCGACGACACGUCCCACCGGGGGCACCCCCUGUGCAAGUUCUGCGAUGAGCGGUACCUGGACAACGACGAGCUGCUCAAACACCUGCGCAGGGAUCACUACUUCUGCCACUUCUGCGACUCUGACGGCGCUCAGGAGUACUACAGUGACUACGAGUACCUGCGGGAGCACUUCCGCGAGAAGCACUUCCUGUGCGAGGAGGGCCGGUGCAGCACGGAGCAGUUCACGCACGCCUUCCGCACCGAGAUCGACUACAAGGCCCACAAGACAGCCUGUCACAGCAAGAGCAGGGCCGAGGCCCGGCAGAACCGCCACAUCGACCUCCAGUUCACCUACACCCCCCGGCACCCCCGCAGGAACGAGGGUGUUGUAGGUGCAGAGGACUAUGAAGAGGUUGACAGGUACAACAGGCAAGGGAGGACGGGCAGGUUGAACGGCCGGGGGAGCCAACAGAACAGGAGAGGCAGCUGGAGGUACAAGAGGGAAGAAGAAGACAGGGAUGUUGCAGCAGCAGUCAGGGCGUCUGUGGCAGCCAAACGGCAGGAAGAGAAGAAAAGGGUGGAGGACAAAGAGGACGGCGGCAGCAGCAGAGGGAAGAAGGAGGAUUUGAGGGAUCCCGACGUGCUCGGCUCCAAACGUGUGCCAAAGGCUCCGAACGAUGUGGCAGAAGCAGCUGCUAACGGUGCUCUCAGCCAAGACGACUUUCCAGCAAUUGGCUCGCCAGCAGGACCUCUCCAAGGCUCUGCCCAGCCAGCACUAGUUAAGCUUAAAGAAGAAGAUUUCCCAAGCCUGUCAUCCUCUGCAGCUCCCACCAUCUCGUCUGGGAUGUCUCUGACAUACACAACGACGGCAAAGAAAGCGGCCUUCCAAGAGGAGGACUUCCCAGCCCUGGUGUCCAAAAUGAAGCCCAACAAUAAGACAGUAACCAACAUCACAUCUGCGUGGAACAACGGUUCCAGCAAAAACGUGGUCAAAGCCAUCACCAACCCCUGUGUCAGCCAGCCAGCCAAAAAACCAUCCUUGAACACCUCCAAGGGAAGUAAGAAGAGCAAUAAACCCUGUGAGUCGGACGACGAAGACGGCGGCGGUGGCUUGACCACCCAGGAGAUCCGGAACACGCCGACCAUGUUCGACGUCUCGUCCUUGCUGGCGGCUUCUACCUCACAGACUUUUACGAAAGUGGGCAAGAAAAAGAAGGUGGGGGUUGAGAAGCAGAGGCCGUCGUCCCCACGCCCGGACACGGCGUUCCCCAGGCCAUGCACGGAAAAGCCCCCGGAAGCAGAGCAGCCCUCCAGGGUGUUCCCUGCUCCCCACGGCCCCGACAGACCCACAGCUGUCAUGAAUGGCCACUCGGAAAAGUCCUCAGCGGUCUGUGGUACACCCAAAGAGCCCCCUGGCCUUAAAAAGCCCACAGUGACUAACAAAUGCCCUUUACCUCAGGAAGACUUCCCAGCUCUUGGGAGCUCAGGAUCAGCCAGGAUGCCCCCGCCACCAGGCUUUAACUCCGUGGUGCUGUUGAAGAACCCUCCUCCGCCUCCGGGCCUGUCGGUGCCUGUCAGCAAACCCCCCCCGGGCUUCGCUGUCAUUCCAUCCACCAACAUCUCUGAACCUGUCACUACAGCUCUGAAAGAGCCAAAACCCUGUCAUGGAUCAUACUUGAUACCUGAGAACUUCCAGCAGAGGAACAUCCAGCUCAUACAAUCCAUUAAAGAAUUUCUUCAAAGCGACGAGUCCAAGUUCAAUAAAUUUAAAACUCAUUCUGGGCAGUUCAGGCAGGGUGUGAUCUCUGCAGCACAGUACUACAAGAGCUGCCGAGAGCUGCUGGGGGAGAACUUCAAGAAGAUUUUUAAGGAGUUGUUGGUGCUGCUGCCGGACACGGUGAAGCAGCAGGAACUGCUCUCUGCUCACAACGACUUCCGAGUCAAGGAGAAACAAAGCUCCAACAGGCCCAAAAAGAACAAAAAGAACGUUUGGCAGGUGGACUCCCCCGCGGACCUCGACUGCUACAUCUGCCCCACGUGUAAGCAAGUGCUGACUCAGCAGGACGUGGUCACCCACAAAGCUUUGCAUAUUGAGGAUGAGGAGUUCCCUUCCUUGCAGGCAAUCAGCAGGAUCAUCAGUUAGCUUUCCUGAGGGCCCACACACCAGGCUCUGGCUCUGGAAAUGCACUUUUGGAAUGAGGUUUGGCAGCAUAGAGUGGCUGAGGGCCGGUGCCAGUUGAGCCAGUGAGGAGCAGGUAAUUUGGGGAGCCCUCUCGGGGCAAAGGGAUCAUGGGAAUGUGCUGGAGCUCAUCCCUCCCACAGUCUGAGCUCCCAAAAUCUGGGGUAGGGUUAGGCUGAGCCGCAGGGUGGGCAGGCAGGGGCUCCUUCCUCCUGGAACAUGCAAUAGCUGGGAAUCCUUUCUGAUCUGCAGACUGACAGGGGACACAAUAGGGGAAUAAGCAUCUGGUUUGGGGGUUUCUUUCUGGUUUUGGGGUGGGGGAAGAUUAGGGAAUCACUGAAAUGAACAGAAGCGGCUUCCCUUAUAACAUUCUGAUUUUUUUGUGCUAUUUCAGUGAAGAUCACACUAGUCAGGGGUACAAAGGUGCAGGAAAGGUGCUGCUCACUGGUGUGACCAGGAGCGCUGCAAACACUGGGCUGCAGAGUUUCCUGUCUGCAAACAGAGUCCAUUCUGCUGCUUGAAGAAUUGGGCUGGUCUGUACAAGAUUUGAAGUUGCCUCUGACCUUUUCUGUAACAUGUUCUUUCAAGAAACUGAUUUUGUAGCCUUGCAUGUACAGUAACAGCAACAGCAUUAAGGCUUUACUCUGUGUAAAGCACACGGGAAUUUUAUUUAAUGACUGCCAUGUUUCUAAUUUCUUGGUUGUAUUACUGGUGGGAGCUCCCAACAGCAUCCUGGGACAUUAAAUGCUGCUGAUCACUGA